GUUCGAGAAGAAAAUGUCACACGGAGAAUUCAGUUUUGUUUAUAAAAUUUUAUUCAACAUUUUAUACACGUUGAAAGUGUUGAGUAAGCCUUCUAGUCUUCAAAAUGUGGAUUAUUCUUGUGACAAUAUCCAAAAUGACAGGCACAUAAAUGAUUCGCAGUAACUGCGAAUCAAAAACGUCAGAUUUUAAUUUUUGGAUAGCAACGGACGAAAUAUGUAUCGCAAAUUGCGCUGCGAUACUGGUUGUCGGCAGCCCUGCACACAGCAUCGAAUCCGAACUUGAAGAAGCAGCCUCUACCUCAUUGGAAGAUUUUAACUCCAUCACAUGGGAUCAAGUACAGGAGGCCACCAACAGUGAUCAAAACCUUGUGGACCUAAUUAACUUCAUCGAAGAAGCUUAGAGAUAAAUAAAUCUAAUGAUGUGAAUAUGAAGGUUUUAACGUGGAAUAUCAAUGGUAUACGAGCGAGCAAGAAGUCACUGAAAGUUUUAUUUGAUUCACUUGAUGCUGACAUAAUAUGUCUUCAAGAAACAAAAGUGACCCGUGAUAUGUUAGAUGAACCAUCAGCUAUUGUUGAAGGGUAUAAUGCUUAUUACAGUUUCUCACGCAAGAGAAGUGGAUAUUCAGGUGUUGCAACAUUUUGUAAAGACACAGCAGCACCUUGUAAAGCUGAAGAAGGACUGAGUGGAUUGUUAACCAGCCAAUCAGAAGAUAGUGUAGGUUUCUAUGGUAAUUUGGAUGAUUUUGAUGUGGAGAAUAAGGAAUUAGAAAAUCUAGAUGCCGAGGGCCGAGCAGUUAUUACACAACAUAGAAUAAAAUGUAAAGAUGGAGAAGUAGAAAAUGUUGCGAUAAUCAAUGUUUACGUCCCAAGAGCUGCAGAAAGAGAAGAUCGACAACAAUACAAAUUACGCUUUCUUUCACUGCUACAAAACAGAGCUGAGACAUUACUACAGAACAAUAGUCAUGUUAUAGUUCUAGGAGAUAUUAAUACAACACACAGUCCACUGGAUAACUGUGAUACAGAGAGUGAGGAAUUUACCAAAAGACCAAGUCGACUGUGGAUGAAUCAGUUUUUACGAGAAUCAGAUCGUGAUCCCAAUUUAGAAUGCAAUGAUGAAGAGAGUGAGAUCCUUGGUGAGACGAUGACCCCUAAUCUGAUUGGCGGAUUUUUUGUUGAUUCAUUCCGUAACUUACAUCCCGAUAAAGAGGGUGCUUUUACCAAUUGGUGCACGACAACAAAUGCUAGAGAAAAUAACUAUGGCAGACGAUUGGAUUAUAUUUUAACCAAUGAGAAGCUUCAUGUUGAUUGCGUAACUGAUGCGAUUAUUAUGCCGGAGAUUGAUGGGUCUGAUCAUUGUCCCGUUAAAGUUAUUUAUGACUGUGAAAUCGUGGUUCCGAAAAAAUGUCCAUCCCUUUGCACGAAGUAUAUGCCUGAAUUUCGAGGUUCUCAACAAAAGUUGUCGUCAUUUUUUAUUAAAAAAUCAGACUCCAAUGUGGAGAUAUCUCACACAGAAAAAGAACUGAAAUCUCAAGAAAUAGUUCUGUUGAAGGUUCCGGUAAUUAGCAAUUCCUGCCAAUCCGAAUCUCUGAAUUUAUCGAAUUUAAAAAAGAGGGCAUCCGACACAGUUUUAUCUACCUCUAAGUCAAAAAGAUCUAAAACAGAUAAACCAGAAGUAUCCAAGCAAUCAAGUUUAAAAACAUUCUUCAUCAAACCUACAAAAACAGAAGAAAAAUCAUCGCUGUCUAAAUUAAUCAACCUGAAAAUUUCCGAACAUAUUCCCAAGAGUCCUGAAUCAAAAACUUUUCCAAUUCAGACCAAAACGUCACCUUAUUUCAAUAAAGCAUCAGAAAAUAAAAGUGUGGUCAAAUCAACUAAUAAACUAGGUUCAGGGGAGGGAACUGUUGGUUCAGGGGAGAUAACUGCACCUACAAAAUCAAACUCCUCAUCAGCAUGGAAGAGUUUAUUAUCCGGUCCAGGAAAAGCACCACUUUGUAAAGGGCAUAAAGAACCAUGUGUUUUACGAACUGUUAAAAAAGAUGGACCGAAUAAGAAUAAACAAUUUUACGUGUGUGCUCGUGGGGAAGGUCACAGUUCAAAUCCAGAAGCACGAUGUGACCAUUUUGUUUGGGUAAAUCAUAAAUCUAAAUGAAAUUUUAUUGUAAUCAAAUCAUCAUUGUUAAUUCUGCUAGUAAACUGUUCAUGUUUGUA